UGAGUGAGGAGGUUAGGUGAUGUUGCUGUUUCCUUGAUCAGGCUUGAUGCGUUGUCAUUUUCAUAUUUAAUCAUUGUCUGUUCGUUCGUCGUUUCUAUCUGUAUUUAAAAAAACGCUUGUUUGUAAAUUUCAAGGUGAUUAUACGUUUUUUAUGCAGAAUAUAUGAGGAUCAGAGUGUGAUGCUCUUCACAGCAGCUACCCUCACUCUAAGGUUGAUGCGUGUUCUUCAGUAUGGUGCCUGAUGAGUGUGUUCUUCGUAACAUGGACUCAAGAGACACAAACUCCACAGACGAGCCGAAAGUUGACUCAGUUGUUAUCCAGAACGUCGAGAAUGAACGCAACCAAACACAGGAAGGAGAUGAAAACGUUCCGCCUCAAGCGCUGUCCGCGUUGGGUGACGAAGGCUCGAGCGGCAGCGGCAACGCCAGUAGCCAUGAUAACGAGGAACAGAAUAUUCAGCACGCAGAGACAGUCGAGCAAAAUCUCGAAGAAGUGCCCGGAAAAAAUGCCAGUGAAUCUGAAUCUGAGUCCGAAAAUUUAGAAAUUGCGGUGCCAGAUGAGACGGGCGAUGUUGAAAACCUGAAUAAUUUAUCGGAGAAUAAUGUAGAAGAUAAAAAUACUUUAAAUGAAGAUUCUCCAAAUGUUUUCUUGAAAAUACCUCAAGCGAGAUUAGUAUCUAAUGUUGACAGUGCGAUACCACCCUACAAAAAUACCUCCGUACAAAACGGCCCAGAAAACAUCGUUGUCGACGAUGUCGCUGACGAUGCGAAAGACCCUGUGAUAAAUACUUCCCCAGCUACUCCAUCAGAUGUUCCCAAAGAUGAGCCCAAGAGCGGCUUAUCUUCUAGACGCGCGAGCUACAUUGAUGUUGUCGGAUUAUCAGCUGAUGAACAGAGUGCUGAGGCCGAGGCAGCGAACCACGUACCGGUCUCUCCAGACACGCUUUGUAAGGAAGAUAGUGAAGACAAAGACUUCAGUGAAGAUGAAGACAAGCUCGUCAUACACGAAGGGAGUUCAGAGCGCAAGCCUGAUGAGGACGACGACAAGAAGAAAGUUGGCAUGUAUGAAGCAGUUAAACGUUCAUCGGACACUUCAAACGAAGAAACCGAAGACGAUCAACAUCCUAAAAAGAAAGCCCGGCUUAAAGAAGUUUCUGCUGAGGUUAUCAAUUUGACUUGCGACGAUCGGAAGGAGAAUAAAAUUUCACAGAAUUCGGCAUCGAACAGCAGCGUUCAAGUCGACUUGCUACUAGCACAGGUCAACAAAGAGAUUGAGGUUUUGGAGAAGCAGGUGCGGAUAAAGGAGGAGGAAUGGAAUGGUUUACUAAGAAGCCUCAAAGAAAAGGAGGAACUAGCCGCCCGACUACGGCGCAAAAGUGAGGUUCUGCGUUUUCAGGGAGGCACGGGCGAUUUGCCUUCCACGUUUUCUCCAGGUGGACACAAAAUCAACAAAGACGCCUCACCGAGCGGCCUCUUGGCUGCCCUUACCAGUGGUGCUUCUUCGUUGACAUCGCACACAAAUUCAUAUGACUCGACAAAUCCUAUUGCUAUGAUGAGCCGACUUUUGUCGAACUCAAUUCGGCCUAAUAAUAAUUCACAUUCUGGCAACGAUCAGCAAGGCAGCUCUCGUAGCAAUACUUCUUCGCCUAGUGUAAGCAUCAUUGACAUUCACACGCGGACGUCAUCUCCGACUGUUAGUAUGCAUCCAGAUAUUGCCUCUUCUCUCUCCAGCUCUUUAACAAACUCACACUCCACAAAUCGAUUCUCUAACGCCAACCUGCCCGAAAAUCUCAGAAAUAAACUGACCCGACAACUUCUGAAUGCAGCGGGUGCUACUAAACCCAUUCUACCUAAGCCUCAUCACGUGGCUGGCAGUAAUGGAUCAGGAAUAUUGUCUUCACUGGCGGGUCAAAAUCCUGCCCCGCAGACCUUAGCGAGCAUGCUCAGUGCUGGACCCAACGGCUCCCUCCUGGCCCCCGGUGGUCGUGACAUGUCUGGUAACUCAGGAAUGUUGGGCAACUCGGGAAGUCUGCAGGCCACGGGUUACGGUCCUCAAGGUCCCACUAUUUCAGUGCAGCAACUCAUCGACGCGCACCGCAAGGAUAAUCCCGCGACUCCACCCGUUAGAGGAGCGAAGCGCGGCGCAUGGCGACAUAAGUAUGACAACGGAGGAAGCAAGCGUGGCAUUCGUGGCGACGGCAACGACAGGUCGUCGUCCCUGACACUCAGUGAUCCCACCGUCAGCUACAACGACGUGCUGCUGCAGUUCGCCCAACUAACGCAGCAGCAAAACGCCGAGAAGAACGGACCAGGAUCACCACAGAUAUCAAUCAUCCCUGUUAGCGAUACUGGGAGUGGGAACACAUCGGGGCAGUCGUACGGCGUGGGGAGUAACCAUUCCUCCUCGCUCAGCGGGGGCCUUUCUGUCACUCCUACAUCCAACAAACACAGCCACUCGUCCAUGCUUGAAGGAACUUCAGCUUUAGCUAAAUUGCUGAUGGAGAGUCGCAGCAACACCAAACAAAAUGCUCUGCUUGAACAUCAACAACAGCAACAGAUCGGAGGCGGUGGUGUGAGCAACUCACAGUACCUGACGCUAUCAGCUUUGCUUUCUGGUGGCACCACGACCACCGUCAGAGAGAAGGCUGCUGCCGCCGCCGCUGCUGCAGCUGCUGCUAAUGCUCUGUCUGCGCAUCAGUCUGGAGAGAACCGGAACAAGAAGACCGAAGGUGGAUUGGUGGACCCUAACACCCCGAAUCCCAAAUGUCAAGGAUGCCAUAAAGAGCGAGCCCAGUUUGUGUGUGCCGGGUGUGGUAACCAGUGGUAUUGUUCACGCGAGUGUCAGGUGGCGGCUUGGGACGAACAUUCUGAGCGGUGCAACACUUAGAAAGGUGCUGCUAGCGGCUGCUCCCGGACGCACCGUGCCUUCACAUGGCUGUUUAGCAUUGAACCUAAUAUUGUAUUUUUAAGUAAGAUUAAGGAUUUCGGGUGAGUCUCAAUAAUUAGAUUGUUAUACUAACGUUGUCUUGAGGCUAUCACUCUAAUGUGUUGAAAGAGGAAAGUGUGUUGCUUCCAUAAAUGCAGCUUAUGAAUUCAGUCAAAUUUCAGCAACUUUGUACUAACCUGGAAUGUACAUGCGCCAAAGUUAAUUCAACGAGUACGUACGUUGUUGCCUUUGUUCUGAAAAGCUAUUGAUUUUGGAUAUUAGAAAAUUAAUGUCAAGAAUAUUUACUUGUCGCUUCAAGUCAUUUCAGUGAUAAAAGCGUUAAUUAGAGAGUGUAGAAGAUGGAUGGUCAAAUGUUCACAGCUCAUGAGUAUCGAAAUUUACCUGAAGUGUUAAUGAUAAUGGAAUGAUUCUCUACAGAGGCCCAAGUGAAUGAAGAAGACUUGACUAGUCGAAUUUCUCACCUGUUGACGAUUGUUAAUUUUUCAUUACCUACUCGAAUGAGUUUAGGAAAAUGUUAUACGAAUAAAUUUUCUUCUGUUCAGAGUAUUGUUGCUAGCAAAUCGUCUAAUUGUUCUGAAAAAUCAUUGGGGAGACUUCCAUCGUUGUCAGAGGUAUCUUGAGACUAGGUAUAUACUAGAGCACGGGACGGUGUGUAGUAACAAAUAAUGUUUGUUUCAAGUUGGAUUCUAUCGUAGUCAAUUACUGUCGACUUUGAAAGGCGUUUUAUUCGCUAAAUAUAAUCUACAAUUUUCGGUUACAAAAUUGUUUAAUUAUUUUAUGUGUAAAUAUUUUAAAAUGUAUUGAUUAAGAUAAUUGUGCUCAUUACCGUGGUGAAUUUAUUUCUAACAUCUAAGUUUAUUCCCUUCCUGACAAGUUUGUACGAACAUUAUUAUUUUCUUUUUGUUAGUUAAUCGUACAAAAGCGAUACGUACGUAUUUGAAUGAUAUUUAAAGUAACAUACUAUUAAUUAUAAUUCCGUAUAGGGUGAUUUAAUAUUUGUGAAAAAGUUUUCGUAUUUGAAUUCAAUUCUGAUUUCGUGACGAACAAGUCUUGAUAAAGAAAAAAAAGGUUUUCCUCGAGCAUGAAAUUGGACGAAUCUGGUCACUGUAAUCUGUCCUGUGUGUAUUGAUGUAAAUAUAAACUGGUGAAUUAUA